UGUGGAGUUAGUACAGGUAUAUCUAGCCACAAACAGUGUUUAUAACCUUCAUUUAUGCUGAUUAUAAGAAUUGUUUUCUGUUCAAAGGUGCUAUCCUGGCCUUCAUGCUGGGAGCAUUCCAGAUCCCUCUGAAUGAGUGUGAGGAACUGUAUCGGAAGUUGGGAUCUGAUGUCUUUAAACAGAAUUUGAUAGUGGGCACAGUGAAGAUGGGAUGGAGUCACGCAUACUACGACAGCCAGACCUGGGAGGAGAUCCUCAAAGAAAGAAUGGGUCCCGGUCUGAUGAUUGAGACAGCCAAAAACCCUAACUGCCCCAAGGUGUCAGCAGUGAGCACCUUGGUGAACAGAGGCCUACCAUUGAAGGCAUAUGUCUUCAGGAAUUAUAACUUCUUGCCUGGCGUUCGCUCACACUACCUGGGCGGCUGCCAUCACAAGAUGUGGCAGGCCAUCCGGGCCUCAUCCGCUGCUCCGGGCUACUUCCAGGAAUUUGUUCUAGGAAACGACCUCCAUCAGGAUGGUGGACUCCUGAUCAACAACCCCACGGCUCUGGCUAUCCACGAGAGUAAGUGUCUAUGGCCCAACACGCCGGUGCAGUGUGUGGUGUCUCUGGGCACAGGCCGGUACGAGACAGUCGCCAAGAGCGGCUCCAGCACUUACACCAGCCUGAAGACCAAACUUACCAACGUCAUCAGCAGCGCUACAGACACUGAAGAGGUCCACACAAUGUUAGACGCCCUUCUUCCCCCCAACACCUACUUUCGCUUCAACCCUUACAUGAGCGAAGACGUCCCAUUGGACGAGAACCGUCAAGAAAGGCUUGACUUCCUGCAGACCGAGAGCCGUCGCUACCUGGAACGCAACGAGAACAAGCUGAAGAAAGCGGCCAGCGUGCUCGCUCAAGAAAAGAGUGUGGUACAGAAACUGGCCGAAUGGGCGCAACUUAAAGCCGACUUGUACGACGGCCUUCCCUUCCGCUCCAAACUCUAAAACACGUUAAAGCCGUGAAACUAGCACAACUAACAACCUUUUCCUUAUUCUGUCCCACCUUUAACAAGGAAAACGGUGGAAGCCACUGCGGAUUAAGUGUUAUGGUGCCGUAAUGACAAUUUAAUCUAGUGAAAGAAGUCUACUGCCUCAUAUUGAAGAGCAUCUUGGAUUAAAAAGGUUCAUCAGGUAUGAUUUUUAGGGCUUUGGUGUUAAUGUAAGGACAGCGAUUGUUCACAAUGUCUCGGCUCUUGACAACCCCGUCCAUCAUCGUAUCACUGUCUUGUCUGAAAAGAAGAGUACUGCGCACGAGCAUGAAAUCGACAACACACUGAAACUAGCCACCACUUGUAUUUGCCGAUGUUAGUUUGUAUGUAGUAUUACUGUUGUGACAAAUUCAGUUGCAAUAGUGCUCCUGUUUGUGUCAUGUCUCUCCUUGACAAACCUUUAGUUGUUUGUUUCAGCACAAUGGUACAGGUAGUGUAGACUGAGCUUCAUUAGCAUGAGACAAGCUGCCAUGUGCACAAGUGAAUGCUCAUGUAAAUAAGAUGUUAAACUUUUCAACGAACGUACGUUUUUAAUUUUAAACGGGACGUAAUUAUGAACCUUUAAUUUUUGUUAGACUGCGAACCAACAACACUAUAAUGUUUUAAACACAAAACCACACAUUAAAUGAAGUUGUAUUAUUGGUGGAUUCAAAAACUGUUGCACUUGCAUUGAUUAUUGCAUCGGUUGGGAAAAUAAUAUUGAAGUUAUUAUCAUGCAAAUAUCUUAUUAUGUUUAAAUGCUUCAGUUGUACGUUUGCAUUUCAGCUUUAAUUUCUUCACUGUGCACUUGGGAAAAAAAUACCUGUUACAUAAUUUAUUGAUUUUGUUCAAUUCAAGUAUAAAGUAAAAUAUCCUAAUCCUUGAAUGCGUAAAACUCUGACAGUGUUGUAUGAAAUUUUAAUAGGUCUCAAUAUAAAAGUAUUGUCAUUUCCCUAAUAAUGUCUUUAAAUAACAUUUCCAUCAAAUUCUCUGAGAGAAAUAAAAGAUUUUAAA